AUGAUGCCAAUGAUGUCCGAGGAGCAGUAUCGCAAGGGCGACGUUUGGCUUCCGCCGAAUCUCAAAAUCAAAAUUCCCGCUUUCCAAGAGACGGAUCCAACGACGGGCGAUGAGCUGGCCGACGACUACGCAGCGAUUCAACGCACUCAAAACGCGGAAUUUUUCGGGGAUUUUCUACAAGAAGCUCUUACGAAUGGGCUGUCAAUUCGCUCCAUCGCUGAGUUCUAUGCGAAUCGAACGAUCGCCAACGACGAUGAACCAUUGCCCAUCGUCCGUCAACGCGGUCGUCACGACAACACCGAUCCAUCAGAAGAGACCCUAGAAUCCAUGCAACAACGUCUUCAACACCGUCGUCAGGAGAAGAAGAAGCAUCGAGAGAUGUCGGAUCGAGUACCCAAUAAGCCCCAAGGCGAGUUCGAUAAAACCCAUUUCGAGCCUCUUCCAAUUAACAUGGGUCCAAGGAAAACGCAAUCGCUGAAUUUUCUCUCCGUAGUCGUCAAGAAUACCGCUGACAUCGACCAUCGUGCCGAUCAUAAGAGACUGUCGGCGUUCUCCGUUGACUGGGAGAAUUGUGCCAGUGAUUUUCGAGAAUCUGGAGCAUACUUCCGCAAAUGGUACAAAAAACGGCUGCCACCGCAGACAAAAGGCACCAAAGUCAGCGAAAUGGAUCCGAGGGACCUCGAGAAUGCGUUGAAAAUCGAGGAAAUGGCGAUGGAGGGAAAAGUGGCCGGAGUCGUGGAUGAGAAUGGAGUGGUUUACCUGAAUGGGUAUAUUACGCCAUGGACAACAAGAGAUUAUGAUCAUGAUACGGUUGUGAAGAUUAUUAAGGAUGGUUGGGUUGAUCUGACAGAAGAUGAUGAUGAGGAUGGAGAGCUCAUGGCUGAUGUAGAAGAUGCAGCUGAGCAUAAUGGCGAAGGAACAUCUGCUAUCACUUUAGACGAUCGAUACGAUGCGCUUCCAGAAGAAGCAAGAUAUAUCAUGACACAGUAUCUGCCCGCGACGUGUUUUCUCCGAAACUACACGACCAGGAAUCCAUCUCGAAACAAGGUGGAUGGUUCCGACGAUUCUGUUAAAGAUGAGCAAUCCGAUCAAUCCACUGAUAACGAAGCGCCCCCGCCAGCACUGAAAAAAACUAAAUCAACCAGGAAAAAAUUGGAUGAUUUGGCGACGACGAAAAUUGCGAAAAUUUCCCCGAAAAAAGCGCGGAAAAGGAGAAUAACGGAGGAUUCAGAAGAAGAUUCAGAUGACGACGACGACGACGAUGUUGGAAAAAUGAUUCUGGAGAGUAGCGAUGAGGUUUCGAGUGAGGAUUUUGAGGAUUCUGAAGGAUCUGGCGACGAAGAUAUGAGCAAUUAUUUUUUGAAUCAACGAGCAGGACCUCCAGAAGAGCAAGAGGAGGAAGAAGAGGCUCCAGAAGCAUCGUCAGGGGUUCCAGAAGAGCCCGAAGAGCCCGAGAAGCAAAGAGAGCGACCCAGUGGUUUUUCGAUUGAUUCGAUUUUGGGUUCAAAAUAG